CGAAGCGGUGGGUCGGGCCCGGCCUGGCCUGUCCCGUCCCGUCCCGUCAGCCGGGGCGAACCGACCCGUGUCCCGGUGCCCUCGGCCCGCUCUGCUCCCCGCUCGGACCCCGGGGUGGGGGGUAGGAGGGUGCCCCCGCCCGGUGCCGCGAUUAGCGGUGGCUUUAAUUACAACAUAAUAAACAUCCCGUCCCCUGUUCUGAAGCAGCAACUAACACCUGCUCCAGAGCAGUGCGAGGAACAGUGAGCAUGCCAAGUGCACUUAACUGUACUGGCCUGGAGCGCAGCGGGAUCCUGGUGAAGGCUUGCUUCCAAUUAACGCCCCUCUUAAUGACUGCAGUGUUGACAUCUCACCAGUGAGCUGACCUUGGGCACAGGUCAGAGUGAGAAUCGCUCCAAAACAAGAGGUGUUGGCAGGAUGCUGGUCUCCCUCCUCUUCCCCCAGGCGAGCCGAGCCCUUCAAUGCCUCGUCAGGGACUUGCACCGUGGCAGGUGGGGGCUGUGUGGGCAGCAGAGGACCGGCUGUCCCCACAGGGCUCUGCAAACUGCUCGGGCAGCCCACAGUGGUGACAUUACCCCUGUCUUCACUAGGGCUUUGGCUUUUGGUGAUAAAAUCGCCAUCAUUGACCAAAAUGGUGAGCACACUUACAGGGACCUUCUCAGCCAGAGCCUGCGCUUGUCCCAGGAGAUCUGUAGGACUCUGGGGUGCUCCAGCAGGGACUUGAAGGAAGAGAGGAUCUCGUUUUUGUGUCCCAAUGAUGCCUCGUAUGUGGUGGCUCAGUGGGCUUCCUGGAUGAGUGGGGGCAUAGCAGUACCCCUCUACAAGAAACACCCAGUGCAGGAGCUGGAAUAUGUGGUUGAGGACUCGCAGAGUGCUCUUGUCAUCGCAACAGAGGAAUUCUUGGGGAAAAUAACCCCCAGUGCUGAGAAGCUGGGAGUUCCGGUUCUGCCACUUCUUAGGUCUCAUAGCAAUGGAUCUGCAAGUCCUGCAGCAAUGGAGGAGGAUCCCUUGACAACUUGCUCCUCAUGGAAAGACAGAGGAGCCAUGAUAAUCUACACUAGUGGGACGACGGGAAGACCUAAAGGCGUCCUCAGCACCCAUGAGAAUGUGCAAGCUGUGACCACAGGGCUGGUUGAGAAAUGGGAGUGGAAGAAGGAGGAUGUUAUCCUGCAUGUGCUGCCUUUGCAUCAUGUCCACGGGGUGAUCAAUAAGCUGCUCUGUCCUCUUUGGGUGGGAGCGACAUGCAUCAUGUUACCCGAAUUCAGCGCACAGAUGGGUAUUGUGCUGGUAGGUGGGGUUUCUGCAAGGGCAAUGUUCCCUCUCUGGGCUUGUCACCCAUCAGUCCAGGUUUGGAAGAAGCUCCUAAGCACCCAAGCUCCCCGUAUCAGUGUCUUCAUGGCAGUGCCCACCAUCUAUGCCAAGCUGAUCGAGUAUUAUGACAAGCAUUUCUCUCAGCCACAAGUCCAGGAUUUCGUGCGUGCCUUUUGCCAGGAAAACAUCAGGUUAAUGGUGUCAGGCUCAGCAGCCCUGCCUGUGCCUGUCCUGGAGAAGUGGAAGAGCAUCACGGGGCACACGUUGCUGGAGAGGUAUGGGAUGACCGAGAUUGGAAUGGCACUUUCUAACCCUUUGCAUGGAGUCCGUGUCCCAGGUUCUGUGGGCACCCCGCUCCCAGGGGUGAAGGUGUGCAUUGCUUCCGAGACCUUGAAGAGUGGUGGUCGCUCCUACACCAUCCACGCUCAGGGAGACGAAGACAACACACAGGUGACCCCAGGUCUCGAGGAACAGGAGGGGGAGCUGCUGGUGAAGGGACCCUCAGUCUUCCGUGAGUACUGGAACCGCCCCAGAGAAACUGCAGAUGCCUUCACGCCUGACGGCUGGUUCAAAACAGGGGACACGGCAGCAUACAAAGAUGGCGUUUACUGGAUCAAGGGCCGCACCUCGGUAGACAUCAUCAAAAACGGCGGGUUCAAAAUCAGCGCUCUGGAGGUGGAACGGCAUCUGCUUGCACACCCACACAUCACAGACGUGGCUGUGAUCGGGCCCCCGGACAUGGUGUGGGGCCAGCGGGUCAGCGCCGUCGUGCAGUUGCGCAAGGGCGAGAUGCUUUCUGUGAAGGACCUGAAGGACUGGGCCAGGGACAGCAUGGCGCCAUACGCCAUCCCCACUGAGCUGAUUGUGGUGGAGGAGAUCCCACGCAAUCAGAUGGGAAAAGUCAACAAGAAGGAGCUUCUGCAGCGUUUUUACCCAGCCUAGCGCACAGCCCCAGGCCAGGAUGGGGAGCCCGGGGGUUCUUCCAUCGCAUCCAUCCUUACUCUGCAGCAGCACUGACGCGUCCCCAAUAGUAGUCAGCAGCAGUAGCUCUGGGCUCAUUGCAGUCUGGUCCAUGAAUAAAGUGCAAUAAAAGCAA